UACCAGUGAGGUGCACUGUUUCCCAGCUAGGCUGCUUGCCUUUCAACUAGACUGUCUGCUGGAAGUGAAUUCAGGGAGAGUAUCUCAUACUAAGGAAUCUGUAACCAUUCACCCAAGUAAAAUGGGCACAGGGGAUUAUAUCUGCAUUACCAUGAGUGGUGGAGCACCGUGGGGGUUUAGACUACAGGGUGGCAAAGAAGAUAAUGAACCUCUACAUGUUUCCAAGGUUAAAAGCCCAAGCAAGUCUUUCACUGCUGGUUUAUGUGAGGGAGAUGAAGUUAUUUCCAUUAAUGGAAACUCUUGUACCGAUAUACCCUACUCUGAGGUUGUGGCUCUUAUAGAGAAAUCAGUGGAUACACUUGAGCUGCUUGUCAAAAGAGCACUGAAUAAGGCUACUGUAUCUGAAGUGAAGAAUGGAGAAGAAGCAGAUAUCAGAAAAGAAGAGUACACACAGAGUACCACGCUGCAAAUCCGGCCUGCCCCAGAAACCACUUCUGAAAAUUGUGAUGUUUCGGAAAGGCUGGAAGACACAGGGGAGCAGAAUGACAAAAACUCACUUCAGAGCCACACAAUGACCCCCAAAAUGAUUGAAACACCAAGAGCAUUUUUUCCCUUAAUAGAAAAACAUGGAGAAGGAAGGCAAGGUGCCAUGAUUGAACUUCAACUCUCCCUCACGCCAGACAUGCAACUAGGAUCUGGUGUACCUAUUUUGACUGUUUUGGAUGCAGAAAAUGGGUCCCCAACAGAAAUAAAAGGAAAUGUACAGCAGAAUGAAACAGUUUCUGUGGGUGAAAUAAGCCUUAAUCAGAAAGAGGGGCCUGCCCACAUGUCAUCUACAACAUUCCAGAUUGUGGGCAGGCAAGAGACAAAAAUCAUCCAAACGGUAGCAGCAGAUGAUCCAUCUUUCCCCAGAGUUGAACUGAUCUUAGACUGUUCUAGUAUAGAGAAGGAAGAGCCCAAGUUUCUAUCUGACAGGGGGUGUGUUGAAUCUAAAGAGGAAGGAGGGCAGUUGGAGGCACCUCCUGUUGCUGUCUCCUUUGGAAUCACAGCAGAAGAAUCAGAGCAAGGAGAGGAGGAUCCACAGGCAGAAAGGGAUCACACAAGACCUCAUAAACAUAGAGCAAGGCAUGCAAGGCUCAGGCGUAGUGAAAGCCUGUCCGAGAAACAAGUGAAAGAAGCCAAGUCUAAAUGUAAAAGUAUUGCCCUUCUGCUGACAGAAGCUCCAAACCCAAAGUCCAAAGGGGUGUUGAUGUUCAAAAAGCGUCGGCAAAGAGCACGAAAGUAUACUUUAGUAAGCUACGGCACCGGUGAACUUGAGCAGCAAGAUUACGAGGAAGACGAAGACGAGGCAGAUAAAGAAAAUACUUUUGAAGUUACAUUAUAUGGCGCAAGUGAAUCAGAUCUAGAUGAAGAUUUCUUCUCAGAUCCUGAAAGCAAAGCCCACAUUGUGACUUUUGAUUUGGACACUGGUCUUCUAGAGGAUCAAAAUAAAACUGAAAGUAUUAAAGCAAUGGAGCAUCUGCCAGAGACCAAAGGUAAAGGGGUCAUGAUGUUUGCUAAGAGGAGGCAGAGAAUGGAGCAGAUAACUGCAGAACAAGAAGAAACUAGAAGACAAAAUAUGGAAGAGAAUGUCACUAUGACAGAGAAUAUAAAUAAUGCAAUUUCCUAUCAGUCGCAGCAGAAAGAAAGCAUUCAAAGUCAUAACCUUGUAAGUAAGAGUUAUAUUGAGGUCAGCAGCAACCAAGAGAGAAUUCAAAAUGGAUUUGCUGGAACCUAUGAAUCUGGACCUUCUUUUCAGCCAUCUGAGUUCCAAAAUUCAACAGCAUUAAACAGAACUGCAAAACCAUUUGGUGGCAUGCAGAACAGAGCUGCACUUCCAUUCUCCUCUAGUAGAAAUAUUACCAGCCCUGUCUCAGAUAUGCCUGCACCACCUCCAUAUUCUUCUGUGACUCCACCACCUGAACCAUUAUUUCCUGUAUCUUCAGCUGUAGCCGGGAAAGCACAGGUAGCUGUAUGGUCACCCUCUUACCCAUCAGAACAGAUAGCUUCUAGAGAUGAAAGAAUUGCAGUUCCUGCAAACAAAACAGGCAUACUUCAAGAUGCUAGAAGAAGAAACACAGCAAAACCCAUGUUCACUUUUAAAGAACAACCCAAAAUAAGCCCCAAUCCAGAGUUACUCUCUCUUGUUCAACACAGAGAAGGAAAGCGCAGUACUGCAGCUGGGAAUGAAUCAGGACCUGAAGAAGACUACCUCAGUUUGGGGGCAGAGGCAUGCAAUUUUAUGCAAGUUCAAAUAGGCAAGCAAAAGACACCUCCACCUGUUGCCCCUAAACCUUCAGUUAAAUCUCCUACAGCAAUGACCCCAGUUUCACCAGUAUGGGCACCCCCAAUUGCUGCUCCUACGCAACCCCAGGUAUACACAAGUCAAAAUGUUUCUCAAGAUACUGGUCCAGUUCAAGAGACAAUUGCACAUCCUGCUUCCUAUGCUAGCAUGCCUCCAAAUUCUCUUAAUUUAUCUGGUCCCACCAGAGAGCCUUCUAAAACAUCUGCAGGUGUAUACCACACAUACACCCCGAAAACACCCCCUAUAACCCCUUUAAGCAGCAAUGCAGUUGCUGGAGGUGUGGGGCCUGCAUAUGAAAUGCCAGCUUUAAGUGGUAAAGGUGCAGCACUGUUUGCCAAAAGGCAGUCUCGUAUGGAAAAGUUUGUAGUGGAUUCCGCAACAGUUCAAGCUCACGCAGCUCGACCAACCUCUCCAACGCCAUCUUUACCAUCUUCAUGGAAAUAUUCAUCCAAUGUUCGGGCCCCUCCUCCACAGGCAUAUAAUCCAAUACAGUCACCACUUUACCCUCCAGCAGCUAACAAAGCAACAUCCAAAGCUGGAUCCUCAACUGCAAAAAGAAAGCCUACAAAAGCUCUCAGCCCUCUUGAGGUCAUGAAACAUCAGCCUUAUCAACUUAAAUCUUCAUUAUUUACUUUUCAACCUCCAUCUGAAGCUGCAGAAAUAGUAGCCUCCAAACCAAAGUCAGGGCAUAUGCCUCCUGCAAGACAACCUCAACCCACAAAACCAAUAAAUACUCCUGCAAACUCCCAGCCAGCACCUGCAUACUCCCAGCCAGCACCUGCAUACUCCCAGCCAGCACCUGCAUACUCCCAGCCAUCCUAUAACACACAGCCUUCAUUUCAAGCAAGUGUCUUCACACCAACGGAGCCCUCUCCACCUGUGGGAUAUCCCAUGCAUCCUAGACAAGAAUCACCAGUAUCAGCAUUGGUUCCUCCUCCAAGGCCGAAAUUUUCUGCAAAGAAAGCUGGAGUGGCAGCUCAGGGAAGUUACGAUGGGAGGCCAAAUUUCCUAGUUGGAAGAAGUUCAUCAUCGGGCUGUUUGCAAGCUAUUGGAUCACCCUCUUCUCCUCUUCUUUUUGAGCCUGCACCUGGUUAUGUUACCAAACCAGUUUUAACACCAGAUACGCCUGGCAAGAGACCAACACCAUGGGAAGCUGCAGCAAAAUCUCCUCUGGGUCUGGUUGAUGAUGCUUUUUUUCCUCAAACCAUACAUAAGUCGGUUUCUGCCAAUGUUAUGUCUGCUGCACGUAGGAAAACCCUUCCAGAGCCUACAGUAGUCAGGAAGUCAGUCUCUGGUGUGCCAGCUAUUCCAGGCCCAUAUAAAGGCAUACCAGAGAGAAGGCCUAGUGGCAUUGCAAUGGUACCAAAGAAUGUAAUCUCUGCCCCAUCUUUCCAGUGUGGUUAUCAGCUCAGGUACCCAUAUUCCAGCCAGCACUCUAUUACAGAUCCUAGACCAGUGCUUUUGGAUACCAGGUCAGAAUAUGGCACGUCUACAGUUCGUAAUACAAACUAUAAUGCUUACCCUAGGGUCUGGAAGCGUUAAGUAUAAAGGUAGAUUAUAUAAUUAUUGUAUUUUAAAAUGGGGUUUAGCAAGGUUUCAUAGCAAUCAAGGUAAUUUCUUAUAAGGCAGAUUACAGACAUAAACACAUGCCCAAUACAACUGCUGUUUCAGACAUUGUGUAUUUUAGAAUUAUCUUUCACAUUUUCUUCACAAAAUUCUGGAUUGUUGUGGUUGUGUGUGAUGUGAGUGUGGCCACACAUCAAUAUUAACCCAUGUAGCUAGAAAUCCUUACAUGUCCUAGGGUAUACUGUACCCAACGCAAUGGCAAACCUUAUGGGUACUAUAGCAGUACAGUGACAGAUAUUCAUAACAUGUUAAAUGGAAAUAAGGAAAUAUUAAUAAAAUAUUAAGGCAAUUAUUUGCUUUUUUAAAGCUAGGUUAAAGGAGCAAUGUACAGUUAAGGAAUGUUUUUAUAUUAAAGAGGAUGUCGUGAAAAAAUGUAGUAGUCACAGAG